GUCAAUGACAGGAGUCACCCUGUAGCCGUCUAAGUUCUCUAAUUCAUCUUACAAAUUUAUUUCUGACACAAAGGAAAAAAUUGUGGAACCUCAGUGAACUAGACAAGCUACUUCCUGGAGCUGCAGAAUUUGAAAUUGUUAUUUAGAAAAACAAAAGGACAAGCCAAACAUGCUGGCUGAUAGAACUAUCUCAGAGGAUCUUCGUAAUCUUGUUCACUAUAUCAAAGCUGGAACAGAAUGGAUUGAUAAUUCUCUUAUCCUAUUGGUGUUGCUCAAACUCUUAAACUGAAAUGCUGAAUUCAAGGACGAUCAUUCCAUUAUUAAAGCUUUAAGUGCCCCAUUGUUUUGUAUACAUCCAGUAUCAUAAAAUGAGUAAUACUGAAAAGCUAGAGUUUGCUACGUUUCCACACUUGAUGUACUCCUCCCAAGGCCAAGGAGUCUGGGCUGUCCCCUGUGAAGGCAGGAGACAACUGGGGAAGUUAAGACGUUGCCAGCACCCUGGCACAUAACGACCCACAAAGUCCAGAGCCACCCCAGUGACAUCCUUAGAAUGGCAGGAGCUGUAGGCCCUCUGCGUUUGCAGGGUUAAGAGAAACAGGUCUCAGGAAUCCGACUCUGGCUCAUAGUCCCAGUGCCAGGUCCAGCUCAGCAUCUGGGCUCGUUAUUGCCCCCGGCCUUUUCCGGGUGUCUCACACUGCCAGAGUCACCAACAGCUUCAUCCGGACAGAGUGUUUCCUGCUGACUGCAAGGUCCGCAACACCCAGCUCCAUUUUGUCCCGGACCAGGGCUCACCUCCUCACUGAUCACUUUCCUGCUUGUUUUUGUCUUUCUAAGCUUCAGUUCCUUUCUUCCACUCUGUCCUCUACCCCGAGCCCAGGGCCAAGUCUGGGUGGGAAUGGUGGGCGUUCAAAGCCUGGGCUAAAGUUAGGGGAUUUCGGGCUUUGCUGGGACGCCUCCCACCUUCCUCUGUUAGAAAGCAGCGGGGGCGCUGUACGGUCGCCUCUGGCUUCCGAGAGAAGUCUCCCGGGAAAAGUCCCCCGCAAAGAGACCGAGCCUCGCGCCAGGACUGCAAGAAGGAGCUUCGACGGCAGACCCUUAGGCCAGCGUCCUCACCACGCGCGUCGACCGUGGAGACGCAGGGCGCCCCCAAGUGGCCGCCGGGCCGCGCCGCUCCGGGCUGGUGAGGGCGGCGGCAGCGGAAGUGGAGGGGCGGUGGCGGCGGCGGCGGAGCCUGGGCGGCCAUGGCAGAUGCCGCGCGGGAGGAGCUCUCGGCCCUAGCGGCGAUUUUCUGCGGGCCGGACGAGUGGGAAGUGCUGAGUCGCUCAGGGACAGAGGGGACGGUGUUCAGAAUUCUCACAAAAGCUGAAGGCCUCAUGGGUGCUGACGUACUUUUAGAAUUGGUGUUCCAUUUGCCGGUCAAUUACCCUUCGUGUUUACCUGGUAUCUCAGUUCACUCUGAACAUCUGACCCGGGCCCAGUCAGUGACUGUGAAGGAGAAGUUACUUAAGCAAGCAGAGAACCUUUUGUCGGAACCUAUGAUCCACGAGCUGGUGCUCUGGAUUCAGCAGAAUCUCAGGCAUGUCCUCAACCAACCAGAAACUGGAAGUGGCAGUGAAAAGUGUACUUCUGCAACUGGCAUGACUGUGGAUGAUGGACUGUGGCUAACUCUUUUGCAUUUAGAUCACAUGAGAGCAAAGACCAAAUAUGUCAAAACUAUUGAGAAGUGGGCUUCCGAUUUAAAGCUGACAGGAAAACUGAUGUUCGUGGGAGUACCUGCUUCUUCAAAAAACCUCCAAAGUAGAUGUGGACUCAAGUGGAAAGAAAUGCAAAGAGAAAAUGAUUAG